UGGUGGUACUAUGGCAAGUCGGCUAUUGAAUCCUGGACUAACUAAACUUUUUUCCCUUUUAUUUAGUUGUUAGUUAAUGCGAUAGCCUUUACGAAGAAGAAUGGAUCCUGGCUUGGUGUUUGAAAGGCGUUUUCAGUUGUGUUCUUCCCUCUGGAACGCAAGUUUUCUCCUAAACCUCCUUUUAAAGGUGGCGGUUAUUUUUUGUGUUUCUUUUCUUUUAUCCUUGAAAGGCGAUGGCUGUCAUUCUCUCAACUAUAGUUGCUGUAUUUUUAUAACAAUGUCCUAAUAGACACACUAUCAUGUCAGAAACCGCGCGUUAGCAAUAAACUCUAGUCAAUGCAUUUUUACCAAAAAGAAAAGGAUA